AUGGAAAACGGGGAGUUAAACUGUGAGCCUAGCGACUUGCGCAUUAGUUAUAUGAUUAAUGCUUUGUCCACUAGGAGAAAAACCCAUCCUUCUUUCAUAAUGAAUGAUAGGCAGGUGGUAUUGUACAUGCUUGAUGUUGCUGUUGAUGGUUCUAGGCCUGUUUUAAGAAUAAAUGUUGUUGAGAGGUCUCAAGUUGGUUCUACAUCAGCAGCACCACCCCCACCCACAAAACCACCACUGCCACAGCCGCCAGCCGAUGAAGCUUCAAUGGAACAUGAGGGCAUGGGUGAUCAUUUUAUGGAUAUGGAUGAUCCUAAUAGUGAUGACGAAGAGUGUGAUGGAAAUUAUGGGGGUGAUGGGCAACCACCAAAGGGUUCACAAAGAAACCACAACUUCGGUGAUGGAACCGGUUUUUACUGCGGGCAAACAUUUGAGAACAAAGAGUAUUUAAAGGUCUUAUUGAAUAAAGUUGCAAUAAAGACCCUGUUUUGUUUUAAACCAAACAAGAGUAACAACAAAUAUUAUAAGGUUGAAUGCACCUCUGCUGAUUGUGGUUGGAUGUUGCGGGCCAAUAAGUACGACAACUCGGAUAGGUUUCACAUUUACAAGUACAUUGGUGAUCACACUUGCGGGGUUGAACACGUUACGAGCACUCAUAAGCAUGCCUCGGCAGCUGUCCUUGCAUCAGUCUUGAUGAAUGACUAUAUUGACAACAAAGGGCCAACGACAAAGGAAAUUCAGAGGACGGUUUUCAGGGAGUUCCAUUUUAAACCAAGCUAUUGGCAAUGUUGGAAGGCAGGUGUAACGGCUAAGAACAUGGUUAGGGGGACACUGGAGCACGGGUAUGCUUGCUUACCGGCUUAUUCAUACAUGGUUGAAAAUCUAAAUCCAGGCUCCAGAAUUUGCAUUAGUCUUGAUGAUGCGGACAGGUUCAAAUAUUACUUCGUAGCUUACGGAGCUUGCAUUCGAGGAUAUAAACACAUGCGAAAGGUUAUUACCGUUGACGGCACACAUUUAUACGACAAGUAUGAGGGUGUGUUGUUUUCCGCCGCCGCACAGGAUACUGAGAACUAUAUCUAUCCAAUUGCUUUUUGCGUGGCGGACAAGGAGUGUUAUGAAUCCUGGACCUACUUCUUCGAGCAGCUGAGGUAUAUAAUCGCCGAUGAACCAGACAUGUGCAUCAUCUCUAAUAGGCACAAGAGCAUAGCCAACAGUGUUUUCAGAAUUUUUAAGCAUGCUCAUCAUGGACUAUGCAUGAAGCAUCUUGGUGAUAACCUUCGAAAAAAUUUCCAAUGUGGAGAUUCUCUUCAUGUGUACUAUGAUGCAGCAAAGGCAUAUGGUUACCACAAGUUCAAUGAACAUUUUCAGCAAUUAAGGAAAAAAUGCCCUGAAGCUGCUAAUUGCCCCGAGUGUGAUAUUAGAUUUGACAAGUGGUGCAGGGCAUAUUUUCCAGCAAAUAGGUACGAUGUGCUGACCACAAACAUUGCGGAGUCACUAAACUCAAUGUUGAGGGAUAAAAGAGAGUACCCUGUGACUACCUUAUUCACUUCUAUUUCUAGGAGGUUUUCUAAAAUAUUCAGGCAGAGACGUGCAUAUAUCAGCAGUUCAAUCAAUUUAUUUGUGCCUUCGGCUGAAAAGACGCUAAGGGAAAAGAUGAGUGAGGGCGACUCCUUGUUUGUCAAUAAUAUAAACGGGGAUGCCGACGAGUUCACCGUAGUCGGCAGUGGCCUAACUGCCAAAGUCAAUCUACUGAACAAAACCUGUACUUGUAGAGAGUAUGACAUGGUGAAAUUACCGUGCGCUCACGCGAUGGCAGCCUUGAGAUUGAAGUACGGACCUGAUUAUGAUUCAAGCAUCUAUGAGUAUUCCUCGCCCAUUUAUAAAGUUCAAUCUUAUAUUCUUGCAUUUGGUGAAACUAUUAAUGUAGUCCCUGCAGAGUAA